AUGCAGCUGUCGGGUACGUACUUCGCUAAGGGAGCGUCUUGAAAUAUGUGCUAGGAGAUAAACGUCGAGGUGCGCAGAUAGCAGGGGUUUGUAAUAAUUUUAGGAAAAACAAACUUCACUGCAGAGUUAUAUUAGCCCCAGGAAAAUGCAACACAAAGAUUUAAAACUUUAUCUUUUUUUUUCCAAGUGUAACUUUUAUUUGUUUUUUUUCUGUGAAUUUAUUUUGUUGGUGUAAGUGGUUGAUAUAUAUGGUGGCUGAGAACUGCCACUGCUGCAAAUAAAAAGAAUGCAAAAAAAAAGAAGGAGCCACAAUGGAAGUUAUCAAUGCAAAAGAAAGAAAAGAAGAAAGAAAGAAACUGAAGCGCGCUGCAAAUGAAAAAAGAAACUGUGCAGAUAAAAAAAUAAACGCAACAAAAAAGUGGUGAUGCAAAAAAAAAAAGUUUAUUUCUGCGAAAUUAAAAGGAUGCAAAUAAAAAAAGCCCCAACAGAAGUGAGCUGUCUGGGACCAUUGUCAAUGUUCAUUUCGAUGUUGAUUUUGUGUCAAAAUAACUAUAUUUUACUCUUUUCUUGCCAUAUAAACUGGUUUUCUAAUAUGACUCUUGUCUGUCAUGUGACCUGGCGCCUAUCUUAAAGGGAUAUUACUGCGUAAAAUUAAUGUAGGUUUUUUUUUUUUUACUGUACAUUUAUUACAUUGGUUGAUUUUUUUGUAAGUGGUUGAUACAUACAGUGGCCGAGAACUGCCACUGCUGCAAAUAAAAAAGAAGCCACAAUGGAAGUUACUGAUGCAAAAAGAAAAAGGAAGCCGGGUCUUUUGGGGGUUUGCCCCUGACAUGUACCCUAUACUUCAUUCAACUUAUACAAACUACAAUUAACUUACAACAAAAAGGCAAGAAUUUUCAAAAAAAUGUUAAAAAUGGAGUUAAAACCAAUUGUAACGAAGCUGAAAUCAGAAAAAAAAGAAGUCAGUUUGAAACAGACUGAUUGGUGAUAUGUUAUCAGUCUAAUGUGUUUCUCCUCCAGCAGCAGCAGUCAGCAUCAGAGCAGCAGGAACGCCUGCAGCAGUCAGCAGCCAUGCACAGCGCGUCCUGUCCUCGUUGAACCAGCAGAGGGCAGUGGGGAAGUUCUGUGAUGCUAUGUUGAAUGUUGGAGACGGAGUGGUCUACCUCGCCCAUCGUAACCUCCUGGCUUGUUUCAGCGAACUCUUCCAGCAGCAGUCUGGCACGCCCGCAGCUUCAUGCACAGAGUUCUGCCUUCAGGAGUGUCCGAACGACGGCCUGGAGCUGAUCCUGAACUUUGUUUACACCGGGGAGCUGAAGCUGGACCUUGAAAACCUGGAUAAGGUGCAGCAGGCAGCAGCCAGUCUGGUUGUCCCAGAGGUAGUCGCACUCUGUCAGCUGUACAGAGAGACGCCUGCUGAUCCUGUUCCUGUGAAACGUAAAAGAGGGAGACCUAGAAAAUCUGCAGCAGGUCCAACCCCGUCCAGUUCAGUUAAAGAUGAGAACCACCUCUUAGUCACAAAAGCUGAGUCCUCCUUUGAUGCUGCCGCUGCAAACUCAAGUGGGGCCACCACAACACGCUCUGGUCGAGUGGUGAAGGGUCCAAAGAGACUGGUGACAGAUGAAAGUCUCAACAGUGAUAUUUCAACCCUUGACAAAGACUGUGAAAGUGCUCCACUUGAUCUGACAGAGGGGGAAAGUGUUGGUCCUGCAGUGGAAAACCAAAACCAGGGUCAGCAGAGUGGGGAACCAGAGGUAGAACUCACGAACAUAUGUCUGGAAACAGUUAUUUUUCACCUUCCUGUACCACAUGAAACUAUAAGUGCAAAUAAAUCUGACUUUUAGGCUGUAUAUUUGGGUCUUACUGCACCUGUCUUGUGAUUUUUGCAGGUUACAGAGUUGCAGAUUGACCUGAACGACAAAAGCCGAGCGAUUGAGGACGCAGAAGACGACGAUGAGGUGGAGGACUUUGGAGGGAAUGAAGACACAGAUGAGGAGUACGACCCCGCUGCGGAGCCCAGUUCUUCAGCCCCGUCCAACUCGACAACCCGGAAACGCAGGCCAGCAAGUAAAACAGAGAAGAAGGAGAACGGCGAGGCGGAGGGGGAAGACUCCAAGAAGGACUGCGUGCAGUGUCCCGUCUGUGCCAAAUCCUUCAAGAGUAAAUACUACCUUAAAGUCCACAACAGGUAGACAGCCUGUCGUCUAACCAGUGUCUUUUUAUUGUCCCCUUUUUUUGUCAAGGAUUUGCAUCUCAUUAAAGCUCCCAGGAGGACGUUUUUCCUCAGAAUUCUGAGCUUAAAGUCAGAAUUUUGAUUUUUUUUUUUUCUUAUACUUUUUAAUUAAAUUCAGAAUUUUGAGGAAAAAAAAUGUCAGAAUUGUUAUUUCUCCCACAAAAUUCUGAAAGAGAAUUUUAGAUUUUAGGUCAAAAUGUGAGAAAAAACAUCUGAAUUUAAAUGUUUUACCCCAAAUUCUAAAAUUGAAAUCUGAAUUCUCACUUUUCUCUCUCACAACCUGACCUCAAACAAAAAAAAAACAGGCAAACUUAGUUAAAAAUCCUAAUUUUAUCUCUGAAUUUUUACUUUUUAGUUAGAACUAGAGAAACUAGAACUAGAGUUAGAGAGAGAAACGCCAGAGUUGUGAGUUUAAUCUCAGAACUUUGAGUUUGUAUAUGGAAAUCUGACUUUAAAGUAAAAAUUCUGAGAAAAUGGAAAUUCUGAGGAUGAAGUCCUGAGAAAAUAUCCUGAUUUCAACUCAGAAUUCUCAGAAAAAAAUGUGACUUUGAACAUAUUUUGUAGCUUAUUUACUCUUCUUCUUUUAGUGGCCUUCACCAUUUCUUGCAAAUAUACGAGACAACACCAGGAAAGACAUAAAAUGACUUAUUGUCCACAAGAGGGCGCCGAAGAAGUUUCCAUGAAUCCACACAAAAACAUUAUUUUCAGUCUUUUUCUCAGACAGUUGAACUGAAUGUGUAAUUUACGUUUCAUAAAUUUGAAGGUCAGUCAUUGAGGUGUGAUUUCUCCUCAGGCGGCACACAGGAGAGAGGCCGUUCGGCUGCCUCAAAUGUGGAAAGAGGUACUUCAGGAAGGAGAACCUGCUGAUACACGAGAUCCGAGACUGUUCGAAAGUGCAUGUGAGUAAAAGAAGAACAUGAAACAUUUAUAAUAAGAGAGAGGAAGUCAAAUCAAAUCUGAGAAAGUGUGAAAUCUGCUGUGUGGAUGUUACAGACGUUCACCUGUGAGACGUGCUCUGAGACAUUCACUGGAAAAGAAGAGCUGCGGCUGCAUGUCGUCACUCACACUGGAAACAUGCCCUACAAGGUACGACCAACAUCUAACAAAGUCUGAAUAAACAAAAUUAACAUCAAUAUAAAGUCUGAAACAAGUUCGAUAUGAUCUAUUUUUACAGUGUUCAACAUGUUCUGAACAAUUCAUGUACAAGAAAAACUUAAUGACUCACCUGAUGAAGGUCCACGGUCAUCCCAAACCACAUGCAGUGAGUUUUCUGAUCAGACUUUACCUCUGUGUUCUCUCAUUUUUCCUUACUCAUAAAGCUUGGAGUUGUAAUUCUUCAUGUUUGACUUUCUAGUGUCCUCAGUGUCCCAAAACCUUCCUAACAAAGACCGAGCUGCGAGUGCACGAAGCAGCCAAACACCGAGGUGAGAAGCCGUUCGUGUGCGAGGAGUGUGGCCACCGAGCGUCCAGUCGAAACGGUCUGCAGAUGCACAUCAAAGCCAUACACAGGUACAGGAACCAAGAGACAGAGACGACACAUCGUGGAAAUUUAGUUGACUUUAUGAAAUCUGUGACGGCGUUUGUUUUUCUUAUUAUUUCAGGAACGAGCGCCCGUUUGUGUGUACUUUAUGCGGCCAUGCUUUCUCUCAGAAGAACAACCUGAACAUGCACCUGCGCAUUCACAGUGGUGAGCGGCCGUACCAGUGUCACCUCUGUGGGAAAACCUUCAGGACACAAGGUAAAGAGUCUCAAACUAUGUGGCAGAAAACCCUUUCUGCAGAAGACUGUAGCCUUGCUUGCAUGCAUGCUGACGUGUAACUCAUAUGGCUUAAAAAAUGUUGAAAUAUCCCUUUAAUGUCACCAUUUUUCUGUGUCUAACUGUAACUCUAACUCUAAUCAACACUGUCACAUCAACAGUCUUGGAACUGCAACUCUUAAAGUUUCUGUUGACAUCCCAAAAGCAUGAUGGGAAACAUAGUUCAGACAUUUUGUAGCAUAAAUUUUUCUCAUGUUGCUCUCAGGACAAAUGAAUCAAACUCUCGUUCCCGGCUGCUGCACUCUGAUACCUCCCGAUGAAGCAUGCAUGUGUAUAUAAUGAAGUGUACACACGUCUUUUUCGCUCCAGCCAGUCUAGAUAAACACAACCGGACACACACCGGUGAGCGUCCCUUCAGCUGUGAUGUGUGUGAGCAGCGUUUCACAGAGAAAGGAGCUCUCCUUCGACACAAAGCCAGCAAACACGAGGAAGGUCGACCGCACUGCUGUCAUAUCUGUGGAAAAACCUUCAAAGGUGAGUUACAUACACAAUAUGACCUGAAUGUACCCUCUUUAUUCCUCAUUAUUGUGACCGGUUUUUAAUAAUCACCCCACUGUGUUAAAUAGUUGAGUCUGAUUGGUCAAAACCUCCUAAAUUGGUCCAAAAUCAUCUGCAUUAGGGAGUCUGGUACAACAGAGAGGUUUGUGGUUUCAUCCCAUUCUUACAAACGAUGUAAAACACACAAGUUGUAGAAAGACAUCCAACAAAUUGAAGAAAACAGCUAAUCCAGUACAAACAGAGUUUGAGGAAAGAAAAUGUCAAUAUGACGUCAAAGAGGAGAGGAUUUCUGCAUCGAUUAAGACUUUACCGUGAAAAAAUGAUGAGUUUAAUAUUAAAGGGAUAUUCGUCGUAAAAUUGAUUUAAGGUCAAACACACUGCACGAUAGCAAUACACAGCGGUCUGAGGAGCCAUAAACAAACCUCGCCAGACUAAACACGACUCACCUACUCUCUUCCAGCAGCCGCUUGUUUGUAGCGAGACCUCCGGGCAAGUCAAUCAACUGCAGUGGGGUGACGCAGCUCAAGGAAGAACAUUUAUGAUAAUUUCUUUAUCAUUGCCUUGAAGUCAUAAUCACCACAUUAAUCAUUUUGCACUGCAGACGCGGUAGUUCUUCUGCCUUAGUGUCUCGGACUGAUUGUAUUUCCAUGAAGAAAUUAUCAUAAAUGUUCUUCCUUGAGCUGUGAAACUCCACUGCAGUCUGUAAUAGAUUGGCCCAAGGUCUUGCUAUAAACAAGUGGCUGCUGGAAGAGAGUAGGUGAGUUGUGUUUAGUCUCUUUGCUAAAGAAAUGAGUCAAAGUUAAAAUGAUGUUUGGUGUCUAGUACUAUGGCUGGGACCCUAUAUGUCCUGUUGAUGAAGUUAGGUGCUGUUCUGAGCAUUAUUUGUGGCUAUAGAGUGGCGUUUUGGUUGAGCGCCUGGCUCUCUGUAUUGCUAUCCUGCAGUCGUUACUAAAGUUGGUAUAACUGGUGAAGAAAGCGGUCAGCAACAGUCAUCUCUCGAGGGGGUGUCUAACUUGGUGUUAUGAUGUGUUUGACCCUGAAUUAAUUGUACGCCGGAAUAUCCCUUUAAUUUGGCCUGCAGGUAAACUAAUAAAGAAACUUUUAGUUGGUAGUUUGUUCGUUGAGACCCUGACUCUGAUCCACCAACUUUUUCCUCCUCCAGCAAAGGAGCAGCUCCGUGUCCAUCUGCGCCGCCAUAAAGGAAUGAGGAAGUUUGAGUGUGAAGACUGUGGAUACAGGUUCACCAGACAGGUGAGCUCAUUACAACUACGACUGACAUUCUCUGGUAAUCUGUCAGAUACAGGUAUCUACAGGUAUCUGUAUGAAACUUCUCCAUGAUUCUUCUACGUCCUCUCCAGGCUCACCUGCGGCGACACGUUCUGAUCCACAAACGCACCGAGAACUACAACCCCCGCCAGAGGAAGCUGAGGAACCUGAUUAUACAGGAAGUGGAUCACAGUCCCGAGGCAGCUGAUCCCUCUCUGAUCGAACAGGACACCGGCUUCGACCCAGAAACCGACAACGUCCAGGAGCCCGCAGACACAGAGCACGACUUGGCAACGGACCUCAGCUCUGGCUGCAUAGUGAGGGUGGUGAUCGAGCCGCCGAGGGACGCGGUGAUGCAGGAGGUGGUGUCCAAUCAGAGCCUGGGACACGUGGAGGCAGGGGGCGGCUUCUCUGUGCAGGGGGUGUUGCAGCAAACACAGCUGGACAGCGAGGCCUAUGAGUCCACGAUAGACAUGGAAGGGAUGGUUGAGAACAUAACGGAGAGCAAGACCUGA